AUGGUACAAAAGGAGGAAGGAGGAGGGAUACCAAUACCUGUUGAAGUAGCAAAGGUACUAAAAGAAUAUAGUGAUGUUAUACCUGAUGAGCUACCUGAUGGUCUUCCACCAAAUAAGAGCAAAGAGGAGCACUUGCAACAUUUGCGGAUCAUAUUGGAUGUGUUGAGGAAAGAGAAACUUUAUGCAAACCUGAAAAAGUGUAGUUUUAUGAAAGAGAGUCUGGUAUUCUUAGGAUUUAUUGUUUCUACAGAAGGUAUCAAGAUUCAUUCAGAGAAGGUUAGAGAAAUUCUGGAAUGGCCUAUUCCUAAGAGCAUAAUAGAGGUAAGAAGUUUUCAUGGUCUGGCCACAUUUUAUCGAAAGUUUAUUCAAAAUUUUAGUACUAUUGUUGCACCCAUAAUAGAUUGUACCAAAGGAAAGGAAUUCAUGUGGACCAAUGAGGCUGAAGAAAGUUUUAAGUUUCUAAAGAAGAAGGUAACUGAAGAUCCCAUAUUAGCAUUACCAGACUUCAAAAAAGUGUUUGAGGUUGAUUGUGAUGCCUCACAUGUAGGUAUUGGAGUUGUUCUUAGCCAAGCAGGUAAACUAAUCACCUUUUUUAGUGAAAAGUUGAAUGAGGCAAGGAAGAACUAUUCCACAUAUGAUUUAGAGUUUUAUGCACUUGUCCAAGCCUUGCGACAUUAG